AUGCCUCUCAUUCGUAUUGAGGUGUGCGACUUCAAGUCUUAUAGGGGCCACCAAAUUAUUGGCCCAUUCCAUAACUUUACCUCUGUGAUAGGACCCAAUGGUGCCGGCAAGUCCAACCUGAUGGACGCAAUCUCGUUUGUUCUCGGUGUGAAGAGCGCGCAGUUGCGCAGUAGCCAAUUGAAAGAUCUUGUAUACCGCGGCAGGCGGCUUGCUCGCGACCCAGACGCCGACGGGUCUGAUGCUGGUCGCGACGAGGAUGGUGACGAAGAGGAUGAGCAGGGGGAGGGAGAAGGAACAGCUAAGAAGGCGUGGGUGCUUGCCGUAUUUGAGGACAGCGAAAAGAAGGAGUGGCAGUUUCAGCGGACCAUUAACACAAGUGGCACGUCCGAAUACAAGCUGAAUGGAAAAGUCGGCACAUACUCUGUGUACAAUGCUGCUCUGGUAUCGCACAACAUCCUCGUGAAAGCGAAGAACUUCCUCGUCUUCCAGGGCGACGUCGAGGCUGUGGCAUCGCAGUCGCCGAAGGAGCUGUCACGGCUGAUUGACCAAAUCAGCGGUUCGCUGGAACUCGCGGGGGAGUACGAGCGCGCGAAGGAGGACCAGGAGCGCGCGACGGAGAAUGCGACGUUCAACUUCACCAAGCGGCGUGGCAUCGCGGGAGAGAUCAAGCAAUACAAAGAACAGAAGACCGAAGCGGAGCGUUUCGAGUCGCUGUGUGACGAAAAGGAUGACCUGAUUCUACACAGGAUUCUAUUCAAGCUGUACCACAUUCAGGAGGAGCUCGAGGAACAUGCGCAGGAGAUUAGGACGAAGAAUGAGGAGCUGGUUGGACUGCGCGAGGAGCAGCGUGUGCACGACAAGGCACUCCAAGACGCCCGUGCGGACCAGGCGAAGGCGCGCACCGCAGUCAUGCAGAAGGAGAAGCGGAUCAAAAAAGCGGAGAAGACGCUUGACGCCAAGAGACCGGACCUUGUCCAGGUCGACACGCAGAUCAAGCACUCAGAGCGCAAGCGCGACAAUGCGCUCAAGGAACGCGAGAAGGCGGGCGUAGCUGGACAGAAACAGAGAGACGAGUUGCGAGUGCUGAGGGCCGACCUAGAGAAGGUGCAGAGAGCUGCCGAUGCAGCUCAAGAGGCGCAAAGAAGAGCUGCCCAGGCCAGCAUGUCUCUGAGCGCAGAGAGCUUGGAGGAGUACCGUCGAUUGAAAAAUGAUGCAAGCAUUCUUGCGGUAGAAGAGCGACAGGCACUCGAUACGCUUUCUAGAGAUGAAAAGACGUCUUCUCGGGCACUAGCGCAGCUAAAGGAUAAACACGAGCAGCAGAUGCAAAAGGCCGAGAAGCUUGGCGAGGACAAGAGAGUGCAGAGCGAGAAGAGAUCCGAGCUGGAGGCCAAAGUUGCCAGUCUCCACGGAGAGCUUACAAAGGCGAGGCAAGAGCUAGAUAAUCAGCAGUCUGAGCGAACACGGAUUGCCCAACUUGAGGCGGAAAUCAAUGAGAAGCUAGUUGACGUUCACAACAAGCUCUUGCAAGCGGGUGUUGAUCAGAAGGAGUCAGAACGAGAAGCGAAGCUCAAGGAAACGCUGGCCAGUCUGCAGCGAAUCUUCCCUGGCGUCCGUGGCCGAGUGGUUGACCUAUGCAAACCGGCACAGAGGAAGUACGAGACAGCUGUCUCCGUCGUUCUUGGCCGGAACAUUGAUGCUGUAGUGGUAGACGAAGAGAAGACCGCAAUCGACUGCAUCGAGUACAUGCGCAACCAGCGUGCGGGCCAAGCGACAUUUAUACCGCUUGACACGAUCCAGGUGAAGCCCAUCAACGAUAAGUUUCGUUCGUUCGCCAAGGGUGCACGGCUGGCGGUCGAUGUUAUCCAGUACGAGGCCGCGGUGGAACGCGCGAUGCAUCACGCGUGCGGGAAUGCGCUGGUGUGCGACACGAUGGAGAUUGCGCGGUACGUGUGCUAUGAGAAAGGGCAGGAGGUCAAGGCGGUUACUUUGGAGGGAACCAUCAUCCAUAAGAGCGGGUUGAUUACCGGAGGCCGCAGUUCACAUGGUGGUGGGCGCCAGUGGGAGGAGAAGGACGUGCAAGGUCUCCAGCGUGUUCGUGACAACCUGUUGAGUCAGCUGCGGGACCUCAACAAGAACAAGCCCCGCGGUAAGGCCGAUGAAAACCUCAUUGCUGAGAUCACCCGCCUUGAGUCCGCACAUACGAUUGCGAAGGAUGAUCUGAGCGCGUGCAAACUUCGGUUGAACGGCAUCAAGGACGAAAUAAAGCAUGUUGACAGAGAGCUUAAGCAGAUUCAGCCGGAGUUGAGGAAGGCCCAGUCAGCCUAUGACACGCUCAAAGAGAAGGUCGACGAGCUCACAACAGUGGUCAACGCCGCCGAGGAUGAGGUUUUCUCUGACUUCUGCCGCAGAAUUGGCGUGGCAAACAUCCGGGAAUACGAGGAGCGCCAACUGAAGGUCGCCCGUGCGGAGGGUGAAGCACGAUUGCAAUUCCAGACGCAGAUAGCUCGUCUGACUCAUCAGUCCAAUUUCUCUGAAGAGCAAUUGCAAGUCUCUGAGGAGCGUCUGAAUAUCAUUGACACUUUGAUCGAAGCUGAAGAGGCGAAUAUUGUGCGGCUUCAAGAGAACCAAACCAACAUCAAAGAGGAGAUCGAUGAAGUGGAAGGUGCAAUCGGCGCUCUUCGAGAAGAGCUCCAGAAUCUCACCGAAGUGUUGGAGGAAAAGACGAAGCAAGUAGAGCAGGUUAAGCGAACCACUACCAAGUCUGCGAAGGUACUGGAUCAAGCAUUGAAGGAGAUUGCAAACGGAAAUGAUGAGAUUGAAAAGUUAGGUCUGGAGCGGUCCGCUAUCUAUCGAAAGUGCAGAUUGGAUGAAGUCAAACUACCACUCGUAGAGGGAAACCUGAAGAAUGUCCCCAUGGAAGAGAACCUCCGUGAUGAGGUAGCUAUGGACGUAGAUGAGGACGAAGAUGGCACGCAACCUGUUAAGAGGAUUCCGGAUUACGGCAUUGAGGUGGACUUCGAGGCGUUGGAUGACGAUGAACGUGGGGACGUAUCUGCCGAUGCCGUUGCUGGAUUUGACCGGAAGAUAGCCAAGUUGAACUCCGAGAUUGAGCGAAUGGCACCUAACAUGAAAGCCAUGGACAGGUUGGACGAUGUUGAAACGAAAUUGUUGGAAACCGAGAAGGAAGCGGACAAAGCACGCAAGGACUCGAAGACCGCCCGGGAUCAGUUCAACGACGUCAAACGUCGCCGCUGUGAACUAUUCAACAAGGCGUACAACCAUAUCUCGGAAAGGAUUGAUCAGGUGUACAAAGAUCUCACUAAGGGUAAAGCGGCGCCAAUGGGUGGUGUCGCUUAUCUCAGUCUGGAGGACAGCGAGGAGCCAUAUGUUGCCGGUAUCAAGUAUCACGCAAUGCCUCCCAUGAAGCGUUUUCGAGAUAUGGAACAGUUGUCCGGUGGCGAAAAGACUAUUGCUGCUCUUGCACUCCUCUUUGCCAUCCACAGUUAUCAACCAUCACCAUUCUUCGUCCUCGACGAAGUUGAUGCAGCUCUAGACAACACAAACGUGGCGAAGAUCGCCAAUUACAUUCGAUCUCAUGCCUCAGAGACCUUCCAGUUCAUUGUCAUCAGUCUGAAGGGAUCCCUAUAUGAGCGUAGCAAUUCACUUGUGGGCAUCUACCGUGACCAGGAUGUCAAUAGCUCGCGCACAUUAACACUUGACCUGACGCAAUACGAUGACUGA